UGCGUAAAUGGCCCCGUAUGUGCGCUUUUAGACAAACAAUAAGGUUAAAAUGUGGAUAGGCGUGCUGGGCUGGUUCAAACUGGGGGCCGGUGAAUGGAGGUCAGCGCAGACAAGUGUGUGAGUCUCUGCGGUGAGACAGAAAGGGGGAGAGGGAGGACGGACAGCGGCCAGCCGCCUUCAAAAAUGGCGUCUCCGGAGGAAAAUGAGUAAAAAAUAUAAAAACGCGGCCUACUUUCUUAGCAAUUCUUUGGUCGAUUUUUAAGGCUUUUUUGCACCUAGUUUGCAGUUUCCCCGGUGUACGUAAACUUGCUUCGUCUUUGAAUGGAUUAGCAAAAGAAACCCAAAAGGAGAACGCUCAGUUGGGAAAAUAAAGGCAGCCCUGUGUUAUUCGGAUGCGUCGUUCCUGACAGCUAGCAUCUGCUGCUAAGGCUAACUACUGCUCUGCUACCGGAGGAGGGGGUGGGAACCAUUUGCACGCGAAGAAAAAAGAUUUUAGAAACUGGAGAUUUCUUUGCUCAUCUGUGGGGAAUGGUUAAUAUCAACGUGGCCGGUCUAUUCUAGUUGUUUUAGGCGCUAGCGGGGUAGCAAAAACUAGCCUUAAGAAAGGGGAGGAGAAACGGAGAAAGAGGACGCAUUCAAAUCAAAUGUUUGUCAUCGCCUCGUCUAUCACCGGUGUAAUCGGCGGCAUCUUCAUCAUGAACAUAACCCAUUUUGGAGCAUAUCUGCGCUGGAGGAAAUGAUAAACGUGAACGGCGAAGGAUACGGAGAGGGUUUUUUGGAGGUGGUUGGAUUAUAACCCCGUAGACCCCCCUCUUUUCAUCUAGCUUUCUCCUCCUCCCCACCAUUUCUCUUUCAAUAUGCUGUUUUCCACUCCUGACGACUUGCUUAUGAAACCGGGGAAAAUAGCCUGAAACAGAGAACGGGAAAGACUACAUUUUUCCGUAAUAUUCUGUUCUGCGACGUUGCAUUCGUCCUCGCGCUCACAUUGAUUGUUCAAGACAUAAAUGGAUAGGAAUUACCCGGGAACAGGAUUUGGCGAUUUGGGCGCAGGAGCAGGAUGGAGUUACGAGAGAUCGGCAAAAGCAAGUCUUGUAUAUGGGAGUUCAAGAUCAUCCCAUCCUGAGUCGGAGCUUCUUCACAGACAAGCCUAUGCCACCCCACACCCUCUGCAGGGCUAUGCCACCAAUCACCACCCAGGGAGCUCUGGACAAGGCGGAGCUUGGGGAGCAGCUGGACGGAGUUUGGGUCUGUCCGGCCUCUUUGACACUGGCCUGCACCAUGCAAGCCCUGCAGCACCUGAUGCCUCCGUCAUGAACCUGAUUUCAGCGUUGGAGUCACGGGGUCCCCAGCCUCCACCCUCUGCUUCUUCCCUUCUUUCUCAAUUUCGCACACCAUCCUGGCAGACCGCAAUGCACACGCCUGCUCCUCCUGAGCUAUUCAUCUCUGGAGCCCUUCCUGGCUCUGGGUCAUUCCCCUCCUCCUCAGCUUUGUCAGCCUAUCAGCACCCAGCAUCAUUCUCUAGUCGUUCCUUCCCUGCUGCAUCUCUUUCCCUUCAGGACACGCCCACAUUUAGCCCCACAUCCAAUGGUCUGCUCUCCCCUCACGAUCCUCUCCUCCAUAUCAAGGCCCCUUCACAGUCCAGCUUGGGUUUUGACAGACUCCUAUCAUCACAGGGUGCUGCUGCAGCUGCUUACAGAGGCAGCCAAGAUCCCACGGGAGCUACAUCUGCCCAGGCAUCCUCUGCCAGACACCUGCAGUCACACCAGUUCAACUUGCUGUCAUCUCAGCUUCAAGACCAGUCGUCACAGCUGUACAAUGCAUCAGUAUUCUCAUCAGCCCAGGCUCAACCACAGUCCCAGUCCCAGUCCAACUCUGCUCAGGAGCGGGCCGUACCACGCCAGGACAGCGUCAUCAAGCACUACCAGAGGCCCACACCCUCACAGUCUCAGCUCUCCUCUUCUGCUGCUCAUUCUCUGCAGCACUACCUCAGCUGUGGAGGGGCAGGAUACCAGCAGAUAGCCACCCACCACAGACAUGCAGGCCUUUCUUGCAGCCCGCUGGGUGAUCAGAGCCCCUCUUCAGACCACAAAAGCUCCUCUCGCACUGAACAGUAUCGGCCAAUUAUACAGCCUCCAUACUCCUCUUCCUCAUCUUCAUCAUCAGCAGGGAAAGGUUCAAAAAGCAGUUCCAGCAGUGGUUACUCCUCUGCCAGUUCAGCAUCAUCCUCACGGACUCCACACACCCCUCCUUCUGCUUCCUCCACCUCCUCCUCUUCAUCAUCCUCCUCUGCCACCUCUGGGGCUCAUCCUUCAAAUGCAAUCCCCACCUCCAGCUCCAGCGCUGCCCCAUCCAGACAGCAGCCCCCACCUCAACCUGCUCCACCACCCCCAGCCCCUCAACCACAACCGCAAGCAUCCUCUACUUCCACGUCAGCUCCUCAGUCUCUUCCUAAAUCCUGCCUGUCAGGAUAUGGUUCCCCUGUGCCACCUGUGAAGACCCCCACUUCUGCUCUAACAGGCCAGACUCCGCCACAACAACAGGCUCAGUCCUACUCCCCCAGUCAGCCUCCCACUUCACAUUUGACUCAGUCAUAUGGAGGCUUUAGUUCCCCACAAGCCCAAGACCUGAGCUCAGGUACCGCGGGGAAGGGCUAUGGCAGUCUAGGUGGGCGAAGCCAGUCAUACUCUGCUGACAUUUAUGGCACAGAUUCUGCUUAUGGUUCACUCCCGUCCUCUCUGGGUGGAGCUGGAAGCCCAUCACUAGGUUAUGGGGCAACAGGUCACUCCCCUGCCCUUUUACGGUCAAGUGGCUCAUCAGGAAGUGGAGCUUCAGGUGGUGGAAGCAGUGGAACAGGAAAUGGUAAUUCUGGUUCUGGAGCUGCUGGAAGCAGUCUAACCAAUGACAGAGGAGGGACAGGUAGUGGCAGUGGUUCUUACCAUAUUCCUGAUUCAAGCCCCUCUCCAUCAGGUAACUCAAGUAUUAUACGACCUGGUUUACACUCCCCGGUGCCUGCCUGUCCCACUCAAUCUCCUGGUGGCCCUGGAUCUAAUAAAUAUAUAUCAUCAGUUCUAUCUCCCACCUUUUUGUCUUCCCCUCAAGGAUACCCUGACACCAGAGGCCCUAGCUCUCAAUCUCAGUCCUAUCACAACACCUCCUCAAAGACGAAGACUGACACUUCCAUGCUUGGGGUUGGGACCCAGAGAUCCCAAGAAGAAGUUGAUGAUGAUGAGGAGUUUUUGAUUCAGCAUUUGCUGCAAGCCCAAGCAAGUCCAGCCCCCCAGACAGCUCACCACCACUCUCAACAACAGCAACAGCCAUCCCAACAGACCCAGCCCCCACCCCAGGCAGUACCCUCGACCACAGAGUCAGGCAAAGGCCUAAGUUAUGAUAUGAGUAAGAGUUCAGAGGAGAGGUACCACCCUCAGAGUGUCAUCCGCACACACAGUGCUACAUCCAGCAGUGGGGCAGGGUCUGGAGCCAUCUCAGGCCUGGACACACAGUUAGAGAUGUCACUGAAGAAGCAGCAGCACCAUCACCAACAGCAGCAGCCGCAGAGGAGCGAGAGGUCUGUGGGCAGCAGCCGGAGCAGUGGAGGCAGAAGCAGUAACGAGCAGGUGCACUCCCAUCUCCAUCAUCAUGAGAGUCUAAGCUCUGUAGUCCAUUACGGUCGCGGUGACCCCUACUCCCAGCACUCCCUCACUCCCCAGCACACCUCGCACAAUCAGCACGUCUCCUCACACUCUCAGCUUCCUCACACUCAAAUGGAUCUCCAGAAGAAAUCACAGGAGCGUGCUGAGAUCCCUUAUCCCAGAAAAACACCUGAAGUCCAGCAGCAGCAUUCUCAGUCUCAAGGGUCUCUCAUUGACUCCCCCACGGAUCAGUCACGCCAGCCGCCCCACCUUCUCCAAUCAGUGCUGUCUCACACGACCCGGAACAAGCUUGAGCCCCAUCAGCAGCAUCAUAAAAUGGACUCUCACAGGCAGCACCCACAGCACCAUAAAAUGGACAGCCAUCAGUCACAUCAGCAGCAUGCAAAAUUGGACUCUCAUUCUCAGCACCAACCACACUCCAAGAUGGAACCACAUCAACAUCAGCAUCACAAGAUGGACUCUCACUCCCAGCAGCAGCAUUCUAUUAGCCAACAGCAGGCUGUACUGGAGAACGCUGCUGGGAGACUGGGACAACAAGCUGUACUGGAGAGCACUGCUGGGAGACUUGGCUCUUCCAAACACCAGACUCCGUCCCAAUCACAGACCACUCAACUCCAGCUUCAGCUCCAGUCCCAAGCUUUGGAGGUGGCAGCGGCUCACUACAACCACGGCCCUCCUCCUCAUCAGCACGAACAGAGCCAAGUGAAGCAGAGCUCUGUCGUGUCGUCUUUAGACAUGCUGGAGCGCUCACUAUCGCAGACAUCCAGCACAGAUGUGGAGGACAGACGAGGAGGGAGUGGGGGGCGGAGCAGUGGUAAUAGUGAGCGACACAGACAACAGGAGCAGCAACAGAGGCAGCAUCCACCUCACCAUCACUCCACCUCUGAGCUGCACUCCUUUCUGUCUGAACCUGAUAUCGGCCUAUCCACCCCUUCUCACAUGCACCACCUGUCGCAGCACCACCCACAAACACAGCAGCACCCCAGCUCUCAGCACCAACACCCCCAUCACUCUCACCCCCAGGCCCCGCAUCCCCACCACAUUCCCCCCUCUGCCUCAGGCCACUCUCAACCAGAGCAGCCACCUCUCUCCACCCAGCUCACCCCCCAGCAGAGUCAGUUAGACCAACAACGCUCGGAGCAGCAUCAGUUUGACACAGUCAGCCCUGUGGAAAAGGCUGACCAAAACCAACAAAGUAACCGUUUUGUACCGCUGACAUCCAUCUGCUUCCCUGACUCGCUACUUCAGGAUGAGGACCGCUCCUUUUUUCCUGGGAUGGAGGAUAUGUUUUGUGCUGAAGACUACAAGUCAAGCUGUGCCGGGGGAGCAGGACCAGGGCAGGGGGAGAUGAAUGAAAGUCAUGCAGGUCCAGAGGCUAUUGAAUCUAUGAAAGCGGCACAAAGUACAGCAACACCGGGAGCAGGGAGUACUGGUAGCUAUGACAUGAUGGGUCACCAUGGGAACCAGGGAUAUGAACCUUACUGUCAUGGCCUAGAGGAACCCAGCAACAACACUAUGACCCUUGACUUGGACUCCCUGAAAACCCACGAGCUCCCCUCUACUGUGAACACUGAACAGCUUGGUUUAAUUCAGUCUCAGCCUCCUGCUCUGGGAAUGACGGCAAAUAGUGCUGGACCUAACAACAACGGUGCAAAGCUGACCACAGGACCAGGAGGAACUAGUUCUGGUACUGGCUCAGGGGGGCUCCAAUCUCCUAUUUUCUGCUCCUCUCGUCCCAAGAAGCUUCUAAAGUCUAGCUCUUUCCACCUGUUGAAGGAACGGCGUGACCCUAACACACUACCUAAAAAGAGUUAUGCACAGGAAUACGAGUUUGAGGAUGAUGAGGACAAGGCUGACCAACCAGCUGACAUCCGGUUGAAUAGCAGAAGACUUCCAGACCUUCUACCUGACUUGGUAUCGAGCUGCAGAAAGGCAGGAGCAGGUGGCUCUCUCAGUCCUUUGAUGGGGGAUAUUGACUUCUAUCACUCAUCUGGCUACUCGUCUAUAGGUUCACACACUCUCAUGCCUCAAGAGGGCCCUAAGAAGAGAGGUCGAAAGCCCACUAGGCCCAAGAGAGAAGGCCCCCCACGGCCGAGAGGCAGACCCCGUAUACGACCAAUGCCUGAGCCAUACACACCACGUGGAAUGCUCAGUGAGAUGGGUGGGUCUGUGGGUGCUGGAGGAGGUUUCAGUGUAGAAGGACGAGGUAGGGGUCGUGGGCGUGGGAGCAGAGGGCGUGGAGGACGAAGAGAAGACAUGUACAUUGAAAUGAGCUCAAAGCAGGAGCACCUGCACCACCAUCCCCUUCAUCCACAACAGUCACAGCAGCAGCUGCACCAACAGCCACCACAGCAUGAGCCGAUCCCACCUCUGAAGAUUAAAUUACCAAUUGGUACAAUGUCCUCAUCGGAUUCACUGCUAAGGACAGACUCUUUGUCUGGUACUGAUCCUGGUAUGUCUGAUGGCUCUGUGGGCUCUGCUCCCUCUCUGGGUCUAAGCCCAGGACCACAGUGCAGCAGUGACGGCUCCAGAAAUCAUGAGAAGAACAAGCAUAAAAGCCACAUGAUGAGUGAAAGUGUAGAUGAGGAAGGCAUGGGAGAAAGGGGCGAUGACAAGGAUUCCAAGGCAGGCUUUGUUGCUUCCUUUUUGGACUUUCUUAAAACUGGGAAGAGACCUCCAGGACUGGAUAUUUCCCCUGGAAUGGAACAUGACAAUGGUGAAAGUUCCCCAUGUAAACCUGGUGGGCUGCGCCCCCUCUCCCCUGCUCCUCCUCCACCACCUCCACCUCCACCCUUUGGGGAUAGUGAGGGCAAUGGAGGCCUGGCCCUGGGCAGCUGCCCCAGCCCAAAGCGUCUAGAGGACGAGUUGAAGAGGAACCUGGAGACACUGCCAUCCUUCUCCUCUGAUGAGGAGGACUCUGUUGGCAAGAACCAGGACCUUCAGAAGAGCAUCUCCUCAGCUAUUUCUGCUCUGUACGACACACCACAGCUGACCGCCAGCCUGCAGCCCCCAUUGCCGCCUCCUCCACCUCAUCAGCCACAACCACAGCCCACACAAGCUCCUCUGACCCCCAAUUUGCCCCCACCUGCCCUGAGCCCACAGCCACUACAUACCCCUCACACCCAACCACCGUCAGAAGAACAAGACAUCAUGCGAGCGGAGGAACAGGACACGGUGGAGAGCAGAGAGGAAACUGAGCAAAGGAGCAUGGGAAGGGAAGAAGAAAGUGACAUGACGGAUGAGAGGGAGCCUCAGCUACAAACUCUGGGUGUUCCAAAGAAUGAAGAAUCUCUUCCUGAAGACUCUGCAGCUCCAGCAAGUCCCGAAGGUCAUUCUGCACCUCCCUCCACCGCGUCGUCCUCCUCCCCCUCUCACUCCCCACUGCCACCCCUGUCCCUGCCCUCACCCCCUGCUGUUGCAGAGGUCCCGCAGCAGAGCUCCGAACCUCCCACCACAGGUCCUCCAUCACCUCCAGUCUCCCUACCUCAGCCUCCCUUGACUCCUCCACAACCCCCUGCCCCCUCUGCCCCUCCUGCUUCUUCUGCACCUCCUACACAGACUCCCCCACCUGCACCCACUGCUCACAAGGAGUCCCCCACACCUUCUCCAGAGUCACCAGCCUCCCCCGAAGAGCGCCCUCCGCCUAAAAUCACCUCCUUGCACCUGGCACAGAAGCAGGAAGAUGCUGCCAUUGCUGGGGAGAGCGAAGAGGAUGAGAGUGAAAGUGGAGGAGAGGGCAUUUUUAGGGAACGAGAUGAAUUUGUGGUGCGAGUGGAAGACAUUCGCACACUCAAGCUGGCCCUGCAAACUGGCCGGGAGCCCCCGCCUAUAUGGAGGGUGCAGAAAGCUCUGCUACAAAAAUUUAGCCCAGAGAUCAAAGAUGGACAAAGGCAGUUCUGUGCCACAAGUAAUUACCUUGGCUAUUUUGGUGAUGCAAAGAGGCGGUACCAGCGAAUUUAUGUAAAGUUUUUGGAAAAUGUCAAUAAGAAGGACUAUGUCAGAGUCUGCUCCCGCAGACCUUGGCGCAGGACUACACCAGUCAGGCGGCAGAGCCUCCCCAGGAUGGCGUCCCCUCCUACAAUACAGCCACCAUCUAGAGCCCAUGAAAAAGAGGAGAGAGUAGCUCCACCUGUCCAGCGCGAAGCACCAGAAAAGGCCAAAACACCCACACCUCCCACGUCAGUCCCCCCAACAACUGUGACACCCACCAUCACAACAAAAGAACCCAGGGAGAGAAAGGAAUCCCCUGUUCAAGCUGUGCCCAAAGCCAAGGAGAAAGACAAAGUGAGAGAGCCUGAGCGAGAGAAAGAGAGGGAGAAGAGGGUACAAGUGCAGCAAGAGAAGGUUGAAAAACGUGCUAUGGACCGUGGAAGAGUAAAGGAGGAACGGAAACCAGUGGAACGAAAGGAAAAGACUGAGCGUCCACCUAAGACCAAGAUGGCCAAAGUGAAAGCAGAGCCGCCACCCAAGAAGAGGAAAAAGUGGCUGAAAGAAGUAGCUUCAUCAUCAGACUCAGACUCCUCUGACGAUGCACCCAGUGAAAAUGAAAUGCCUGUUAAAGGUGGUGUCAAUAACCGUGCCAUGAGGGAAAUGUUUAGGAGCUAUGUGGAGAUGCUGGUCAGCACAGCCCUGGACCCAGACAUGAUCCAAGCUCUGGAGGACACAGAUGAUGAGCUGUAUCUUCCUCCAAUGAGGAAGAUUGACAGCAUCCUCAGUGAACAGAAGCGGAGAUUAUUGCGGAGAGUCAACAUGAGUUCCCAGCACCAGGAGGUCCUGCACGCCUACCCGCAGAUCAUUGUGGACCCUCUGGAUACUGGAGUAGUAAGGGUUCGGCUCAGUGGAGACGCAUACAACCGCAAGACGCUCAACAGAGUGAAGAAGACCCUGCCUAAACCACAGGACCUUAAGCUCUCAUCUGAGUCAUAUCGGAUCUACAGUCUCUACCACUCCCUUCACCAUUAUAAGUACCACACCUUCUUACAAUGCAAGAAGGAGACGCACACCAUUGAGCAGGCGGCUGAGGACCCCGGCCAAGAGGAGGUGGUGCAGCAGUGCAUGGCCAACCAAAGCUGGCUGGAUACUCUCUUCACCUCUUUCAUUGAGCUGCUCACACUUAGCACCAAAGCCUGAGUCUGCAGCAAACACAUGGGAGGAGUAUUCAAGUAUUAAAAAGAAAAGGACAAGUCCCACUGUACAGCACCCGCCCUUCUUCAAGUCUCUAAGAUCAGAGGAUGAUUUUUAAACCCACAAUGGGGUCUGUUUAAACGGCCUCAGACAGUGGCUCUGUACUGUUUUCUGUUGUUGAUCGACUUAUGAAACGUCUUGCUUUGUGAAAAGCCCCUUUGGACUUUGGGGCAUUGACAGGUCAAGAGAGAGACCUACCCCACAUUGAGAAUUACACAUUGAAGGGACAAUAAUCAAGGAGCUGUAUCUAUAAGUCAAUGAAAGAGCCACUGGCAUCAUGUUAACUGUGUGUCAUACAGACAAUAGUUCAAAGAGAAGCUUACGAGAACGCUUAGUUUUUACAUAAAUUAUUUUUUUGAAAAGACUAACAUCAGCUGUUGGCUUUUAAAAAGAGUGGACAAGGGUGAGAAUGCUUUUUAAACUGUGUGUGUAGAGAGCGCCUUGAGCAAUGUGAACAUGGACUCUGGUAAGAAAACAUCAACUGUGUUGAAAAUGCUCAUCUUGUUCAACAUGAAGGGCAGCACCAGUAAGCUCUGUGAUAAUAUAUAAACACAUUUUUAUUAUUUAUAUGAGGUUUUUAACUUAACUCACAAGCCGCUGGGUAGCUGCCCUAACAUUUGAAAUACCAUUGAAUUGCCACAUCUUCAGUAAACAAUCAUAACCCACACCACCAUGUCUUCCCUCUAUACAAAAGAACAGAUGUCGAGACAAACAUUGUAUCAAAUACAGUGGGUGUAAAAUAUAACAAGAUAAAACAGAAGGAAGAAACAUCAAAAGGAGAAUGGGAAACUCUGAAUUUGAACUUGUUGUGUUUCAGUUCAAUCAUCCUUCAUGCAGGUGCGAUGGAAAAAGUGAACUGUUCAUUUACUGUGUUGGAAGGAAUAUAAAUAAUAUUUAAAGAGGAAAUAGUCAUUUCAUUUUUAUUAUUUUGAUGUCUGUGCAUACUGACUUAUUUUGAAAACAAUCUAAUUUUCCAUAAAAAAGGAAAAAAAAAGAUGUGUAAAUAUUGUAUAGUUCUUGAUGAAAUUCUUUGUCCUUCUGUACAUUAACUCUACUGUAUUUGAGAAACAAAUAAAAUCUGCAAAGAGCA